UGGGCUAGUAGGAGGAUGGCUGGCCGCUGCUGAGCUGCUACCGCCGCUCUCUCGGAAGGGAAAGUCCAGGUACGUUGACGAGGAUAACCCGCCGGAGGAGAAGGCGGCACGAAAGGAGAACUUUUCCGACUGGAGGAUUUUAGUCGACAAACAAGAGCGGUUCUUCUCUUUUUUUCUUUCACCCCCGGAAAGACGGGAGAUAUUUUUGUUUUGGGAACCAUGCCUGCUGAAGUGAAACAGGAGCAGAGUCCCAGCAACGCCACUUCUAUGGCCAUGAUGCAGGAGCCGCAGGAAGUGGUGGAGGAGACGGUCACCAUAGAAGAGGACCCUGGUACCCCGACUUCCCAUGUUUCCGUCGUCACUUCUGACGACGGGACCACCCGGCGCACAGAAACUAAGGUGACCAAAAUGGUGAAGACAGUGACCACACGAACGGUGCGACAGGUUCCUCUUGGUCCCGAUGGCUUGCCCAUGCCUGAGGGCUCGCCCCCUCUGGGAAGCUACACGGACUCCAUUGACCGGCGCUACAUGAAGAACGGUGGCGAUCGCUUCAUUACUCCCCAAGCUUCGUCCACCUUGACCCGCUCCUACAACAACUCCUACAAUGAUUCCUACAGUGAAACGCCUGAGAGUCAGUACAUUCGCCACUAUGGCCUGCACGAUGGCUACACUGAUUUGACAGACAACUACGGCAGCCUGUCACGAGGCAUCAACUUCAGACCGCCUCGCUACCCCUACAUGCCAAACAGCUACCGGCCGGAGAACAGCUACACACUGCCAAUUCGUAAGGAUGACUACGGCCAUAUGGCCCAACCCCAGGUGCCUAUGGGUAGCAGCACGGUGGACCUGAAUCGCUCACAGCCUGAGCGCUUUCAGCCCGAACCAUAUGGUCUGGAGGAUGAUCGCCGCAGCUUCGGCCCCGAGGACGAGGAGCCAUAUGAGCUCGAGCCUGACUAUUCCACCGCUAACCGACGCACGCUAAAAGGAGCCAACCGGGGUCGCACCCACAGGGAACCUCUUCGCGAUGGACCCAGAGUCAGAGGCUACCCAGAUGAACCCGUCGACACAGAGCUGCUGGAUGACCGCCACCCUUACAUCCAGGGCAUAUACUCCGCACCACUGGCCCAGCCAGAGCGGGGCAGCAUGGCCAGUCUGGACCGCAUGGGCGGCCGGCGCUCGCCCUCCGUCGACAGCAUCCGUAAGGAUCCGCGCUGGCGCGACCCGGACCUCCCGGAAGUCAUUGCCAUGUUGGCCCACCCCAUCGACCCCGUCAAGUCCAAUGCCGCGGCUUAUUUGCAGCACCUGUGCUACGAGAAUGACAAGAUCAAAAAGGACGUGCGUCACCUCAAAGGAAUUCCGGUCCUGGUGGGGCUGCUGGACCACCCCAAGUCUGAGGUCCACCGCAAGGCCUGCGGCGCCCUGCGCAACAUCUCUUACGGCAAGGACAAUGACAACAAGGUGGCCAUCAAAAACUGCGACGGAAUUCCUGCCCUCGUCCGCCUCUUGAGGAAGACCAAUGACAUGGAGGUUCGGGAGCUCAUCACGGGAACUCUUUGGAACCUUUCCUCCUAUGAACCCUUGAAGAUGGUGAUCAUCAACCACGGUCUGCAAACAAUGACCAACGAGGUCAUAAUCCCACACUCUGGUUGGGAGCAUGAACCCAACGAGGACUCCAAGCCACGCGACGCCGAGUGGACCACGGUCUUCAAGAACACAUCUGGGUGUCUAAGAAACGUAAGCUCAGACGGGGCGGAGGCCCGACGCAGACUGAGGGAGUGUGACGGACUGGUGGACGCCCUUCUGCACGCCCUGCAAUCAGCUGUGGGGAAGAAAGACAUGGACAACAAGUCCGUGGAGAACUGCGUCUGCAUCAUGAGGAACCUGUCCUACCACGUCCACAAGGAAGUUCCAGGGGCCGACAGGUUCCAAGACCCGUCGGCACCCCAGGCCCCCGGCUCUGCGGGACCACAGAGGAAGAAGAAGGACGACGCCGGCUGCUUUGGAGGCAAGAAAGCCAAAGAGGAAUGGUUUAAUCAAGGUAGAAAAAAUGGUGAAAAUGACAAAAACUAUGACACAUUGGAUCUUCCCAAGCGUACAGAGCCAUCUAAAGGUUUUGAGUUGCUGUAUCAGCCAGAAGUAGUCCGGCUCUACCUUUCUCUCCUGACGGAGAGUCAGAACUACAACACCCUCGAGGCCGCUGCGGGUGCUCUGCAGAACCUCGGUGCCGGACAAUGGACUUGGUCUAACUACAUCCGGGCCACCGUGCGCAAAGAGAAAGGUCUCCCCAUCCUGGUAGAGCUGCUGCGAUCCGACUCCGACAAGGUGGUCCGAGCUGUGGCCAUCGCCCUUCGCAACCUCUCCAUUGACCGCCGCAACAAGGACUUAAUUGGAAGUUAUGCCAUGCGGGACUUGGUCAGUAAUUUGCCAAGCGGACAGCAGCGACCAGCCAAGAACUUGGAGGAAGACACGGUGGUCGCCAUCCUCAACACCAUCCAUGAGAUCGUGACGGACAGCUCCGAAAACGCUCGCUCCCUCAUCCAGGCCCAGGCCAUCGAGAAGCUGGUGGCGAUUAACAGGACCAGUCAGUCGCCCAGAGAAACAAAGGCUGCGUCUCAUGUGCUGCAAACGGUGUGGAGUUAUAAGGAUCUAAGGAACGCCUUGACAAAGGACGGCUGGAACAAGAGCCAUUUCCAGGUACUGGAUAAGUCACCCACAGCGACGGCAACCCCCAAAGCAACCAAGAACGGCAAACCGGGCUAUGAUGACACCACGCUGCCCCUGAUGGAGAAGAACCAAGAUGGUUACUCCACCAUCGACCAGAGGGACAAAGACUGCAAAUACCAGACAGGCGACAGCUCGGUGGACCUGACAGAACGGGAACCAUUAAAGAAUGAGACAAGUAGGAAACUCUAUAUCAGGAGUAACAGGCCUGCGGUCAGUCUGGUGGACGCUUGUGACGUUAAGCCCCAGCCUGUUGAUUCCUGGGUCUAAAUGCAUGCAUGGCUUAAAAAAACAAACAAAACAAAAAAAAAAGCGACGGGAGUGCCACACCAGGAGGGUCUCUCACAUCACCACUGCCAUUUCAUAAGGAGCUCACAUUUGGGAGCUGAACUUUGUACAGAUAGAGGAUUUUAAAGAUAACAACACCGAUGACCAGAACGGCGACCAGCAUUAUAUAUGGAAAAAAAAAAAAAAAAAAAAAAUCAACAACACAAUAUGAAGUGACAAUUCCUACUGCUUUUACAUUUCUACAUUCCCACUGGACAGCAUGUGAAUUCUACAGUGUUGAGCUCGGCAAGUACGACGCAGGUGUGUGGACCUGAUGAGGGGCAGGUGAGUGGGAGAGGAAGGAGUCUUUUUUUUUUUUUUUUAGCUUGCUUUCACACCUGGAGGAUUUACGGAUGGUCCAAUUUCUUAGUCCGACUUUUUUCAGUUUUCAUUUUUUUUCUUUGACGUGAGCAGGUUUGGGAUUGGAGUGUUUGAAAGGUACCGGAUGUCCGACGGCGAGGGUGAUGAAUAAAUAAAUAACUAAAAGGAGCGGUAACGAAGUGGAUCAACAUGUACACUAAGGGCCUGAUUUACUAAGAUCCAAAUGAAAGCGUGUGCAAUCUAUACAAGUGUUUUUCAACCACUGUGCCGCGGCACACUAGUGUGCCGUGAGAUACAGUCUGGUGUGCCGUAGGAGAUGAUCUAAUUUCACCAAAUAUUUUUUGCAAACCAGUAAUUAUAGUCUGCAAAUGAUGUGUUGUUGUUAAAUGUUGGUGCUGUCUACAGCUCGGCAGAGUAACCGUGUAAUACUCGUCCAUAUCAGUAGGUGGCAGAACAGCGGGAGGCAGGGUGCAGGUAAAAAAAAGUGUCUAAUGCUUAAACCAAAAAGUGAGUGCCCCUAAGACAAGGCAUUGUAUCUUAGGGAAGGCGUUGCAGAACAAGACUAAAACUGAACUGGCUACAAAGUACACAAAAACAGAAUGCUGGACGACAGCAAAGACUUACUGUGGAGCAAAUACGACGUCCACGAUGUACAUCCGGACAUGAAAAUCAACAAUGUCCCCAACAAAGAAGGAUAAAAACAACUGAAAUAUUAUUGAUUGCUAAAACAAAGUAGAUGCUGGGAAUAUCGCAUGAAACUGCUGCAGGAAAAAACCUCAAAAACAGAAAAAGCCACCAAAAUAGGAGCGCAAGACCAGAACUAAAACACUAGAUGCAUGCUUGGUUAUGCUUUAAAGUCAUAACCAACAAUUGCGACCACGACUUUUUACUGUAAACUGAGUUUUGUUUUUUAAUGAUGUCUGCCGGUGGUGGGCCUCCGCAUUUUUUUCAGCGCAAAAAAUGUGCCUUGGCUCAAAAAAGGUUGAAAAACACUGAACUAUACAAUAGCGUGCACAUGUCACGUAUGAUCUACUAAGACUGUGUGUUCAAGUAAAAAGUGGUGCAAACCGUCUAAUUUACAUUGGAUUUUGUGUGUUCUAUCCUGGGCAUCACCAGGGAGACACUCAUUUACCGCACGUCCAUGUUAUCAUGCUCCUACCUGUGGCUUUUUGCUGUUUUUAUACAAGCAGGGGACAUAUACCACUUUUUAUGGGCGUUUUACAAGCAGUCUACACUGACACUUUUUUUUUUUUACCACUGAAGGUGCAUCAUGGUAAGGAGGUUGCACUUACUGUGCUCAAUACACCAAAAAUGCAUACUUUUGUCAGGUUCAAACACUGAUGACAUCUAUUAAACAGACAAGAAGCAAGGAAUCAUGCGGAGACACGAGUUCAAUUUAGCUCAUGAGGAGAACGCAUGGAGCUGCGCACUUAGUCACAGUCUCGCCCUACGCUCUAAGGUUCAGGUUCCGCGUCCCUCUAUUUAUUCAAGAGUUCCACAGUCUACGUCACUGAGGCCGCCUCUGAAAGGAGUGGGUCUCACCCAGAGCUUCUCACCCUAUCUCUAAGGGAGAGCCUUGCCAUCCGGCGGAGGAAACUCAUUUUGUCCGCUUGUACCCGUGAUCUUGUCCUUUCGGUCAUAACCCACUGCUCAUGACCAUAGGUGAGGACGGGAACGUAGAUCGACCAGUAAAUUGAGAGCUUUGCCUUCCGGCUCAGAUGUCGACUGGUGCUAUAAAGCGCUGCCAGCAGUCCAUCACCCCUUAGGGGAAUCAAGCAGUGGUGAAGGCGUGGGGUGGCGGAUGUCUUAGUUGUGUCGAUGUAGUGUCCGUAGGCCUGGGGCCGUUCUUCGUGCAAGCAAAAGUGUUCGACUCCAGGUGUUGUUGAGGAGGGAGGGAGGUCAAAAGCGUCCAUUUUGAGGAGUCUGUUGUUGCAUCAAGCCCAUUCGAGGGAGUCAAAUCGUAGAAUAGGAAUUUUCUUUUUCCGCGAACAGACAUUACGAUGUCCAAUGUCUAAUUUUUCCCAUUUCAACCAGCCUUUCCAUGAUGUGAUGGUGCUCCCAAAAUGAAUUACACGCCUUAUUUUACUCACUUAACAGACACAGUCCACUUUGCACACGUUUAUUAGAUCAGCGUUGUGCGCAAAUCGUUAGUAAAUCAGGCCCUAAGUCACCAAAUAGCAGUCUUUUUGAUUCACUGUGUUUAAAGAAAACUGCACUAAGAUGCUUUUGGAGUGUGAGGUUUUAUUCUAUAAAGGGAGGGUUCUGCAGGUGGAAAAAAAGUGAAAGCAAGACGAGGCUAAGACGUGUAAAAGAAACGACGACACAUGCUAAGAAAUGAAUACAUUUCCUGAUUCUGUGUGUAUUAAAAAUAAAUAUAAAGCGCUGUGUUCAGUUUGGAAAA